UUUAAUUAGUUUCGUCUGAUUCAUCAGACUGUAAAUAUUCUAAACCUUUUCAAAAAUUGAAUCUAUAAAUAUACAGCGCAUAGAUUCGAUUUUUGAGAAAGUUUAGUCUCUAGUGAAGCACCUAUCAGUGACUGUUAAGUGAAAACAACUUAAGGUCUUUAGAUGUCGGUCGUACCAUUGAGGUAUCGCGAUUGGUGGGACGACGAAGAUUGGUUCUACCGACCAUCACGUCUGUUGGAUCAACAUUUUGGAAGCGGUUUGAGACGAGAUGAUCUUCUCAGUUCCUUCAGAGAAUGUUCCGCAAGACCUUCCUUAUCUUCUAGACAUUAUCUAAGGCCGUGGAAUACCUCAAACGUCCUUCAACGACAAGACUCCGGAUCAACUAUUCAACAAGAUAAGGAAAAAUUUCAGAAAACAUCGCAGAUUUUAAGUCAGGAAAUGGCGCCCUCGACAAAUCCAAUAACGAAAGAUCGUUUUGAGGUAAUCCUGGACGUGCAGCAAUUCGCACCGAACGAAAUCACCGUGAAAACCAGCGGCAACAGCAUCAUCGUCGAAGGGAAACACGAAGAGAAACAAGACGAACACGGGUUUAUCUCGAGACACUUCGUGAGGAGAUAUUUACUACCCGGUGAUCAUGAUAUUGAGGAGGUUAUAUCGUCAUUGUCUUCCGACGGUAUCCUAACGGUUACCGCACCAAAGAAAUCGGACAAACCAAAGAACACAGAUAGGGUGGUUCCGAUACAACAGACCGGGCCAGCGAAAUCGACCGUGACUACAUCAUCGCCCGAGCCGAAAAUCGAACAUCCGACUAAUUAAACUUCGGUUAGUUUACGAGCUUUAUUUUUUAACAUAGUUGACACUUGAAUAUAAAAAUUUCUUAAGGCAUAAUAUGUUAUAGUUGACACUACCAUCUAUACGAAGUAAAUUUUACCUUAUCGCUUAACGUUUGUUGACUAAUUUUAAGUUGAUGUUCCACUUUGAAGGUUAUAACCGGCUGGACGUUGUCGACUCUACUGUAGCCGCGCUUAUUACAAUAUAUUGUUGACUCAUAGGAUACAAGUAAUAUUAAAAAAUAUCUACAUGACUUGACAACGCACUGUCGAUUUUCAAUGGAGGGGCCAUCAGCUUAACAUUUGCUGUAAUUAUUUUAUAAAAUGCUAACGGUAAAUAAUAUUGUUGGUUGUAGUUUUAUUUAAUUUCUAAUUUUAUUGUGACUAGAAAGUAAGUAUCCCGAACUUCAAGAAGCCGUAUUAAUAAGAUAUUUUGUUAAAUUUAACAAUAUAGUGUUGACUCAUUUAGUAAAUUUGCUGGUUAAAUUGGAAGUAAAUUUAUGUUAUAAAUUUAUUUGAAUCUAAGAAAUGUGCUGCUUAGAAUAAAGUGUGUGUUUGCGGUGUGAAA